AUGACGAGAGCACUGGAGACCUUGGAGCCGAUCCAGGGAACGCUAAGCGAGAUCAACAAAAGGACCCCGGAGGUAAGGGUUUCCACGUUCGUCACCCGUGCGUUGCAAACGCUGGGAACCGAACACGCGCCGUCGGCGCGGGAGGACGGUGACGCUGGCCAUGGACGCCGCGCGGAGCGUCCCGGCGCGCGGCCGUGCGCCCUGCACAUGGACUGGGCGGCAUGCGUCCUGCCGCGGCACGGCGAGGACGCGCACUUCGGGCACGCCGAGGCCGGCUUCAUCGGUGUCGCGGACGGGGUCGGCGGGUACCGUCGCCGCGGCGUGGACGCCGGCGCCUUCGCACGGCAGCUCAUGGCGAGCGCUCUGGCGAAGGUGGAGCUGGCGGCCAGGCCCGGCAAGGUCCGCCGCCUCCGCCCGGAGGGCGUGCUGGAGAGGGCGUACGAGUCGAUGGUCAUCAGAGGCACGCCGGGGGCGUCCACGGCCGUCGUUCUGUCGCUCCACCGCUCGACUCUCAGGUGGGCGUACAUCGGCGACAGCGCCUUCGCCGUGCUCCGCGGCGGCAGGAUCGUGCACCGCUCGGCGGCGCAGCAGCGCCGCUUCAACUGCCCGUACCAGCUGAACGCCGACGACCGCGGAGACAGCCUCGACGAGGCGGAGGUCGGCGGCAUGCCGGUGGAGGACGGCGACGUCGUGGUGGCCGGGACGGACGGGCUGUUCGACAACGUGCGCGACGACCAGCUCGCGCGCGCCGUGCAGAUGGGCACCGAGCUGGGCUUCUCGCCCAAGAACAUGGCGGACAUCAUCGCGGCCAUUGCGUACGACGUGUCGAAAAGCAAGCUGGCGCUAUCGCCGUUCAGUCUCGCAUACCGGAAGGCAUACGGGGAGCGAAGUUAUUACGGUGGGAAGAAGGACGACAUAACGGUCAUCGUCGCGUACAUUGUCCCCAAGAAUUCAUGA